AUGAGGCUGAUUGACUUCACUGUGUUCUGCUCACUAGCAGGUGGACUCUCAGGUGGAGUCCAGUUCUUUGGGACUCUGUUCUGUGCAGCAGCAGAGAGAGAGCAGCAGACAGGAGAGAAGACACUGCAGCUGUUAUCAUCAGUGUGCACAUAUCCAUCAUUCCCUCUUACUGAUGAAGAGGGUGAUGAAGAAUAUCAGAGUGGUUUCCUGCUGGAUCUGUACUCCCACCUGAAGGACUAUGAGACUGAAACAGGUCUGAGUGUCCUUCCAUCGUUACAGUCUGUUCUCCAGUCAGUUCCUGCAGUCUGGUCCAUAGACCUCUCAAAGAGAAAGAGCUCCAUCCUGCUGGAAGUGCUGAGACUCCAACCAGAGAAGAAACAAGUGGAGCUGAGAGGCUGCUCAGAGGAAGAGAGUGAAGUGAGGACUUUGCUGCAGUGUCUGCCUUAUAUCUCACAGAUCAGCUUCAGGAGGACCCACAGAGCUCCAGGACUACAGGGCCAGGAGCGACGCUAUGAGAAACUGAAGAGACAAGAAAAGCAGCUGUUUCUGGAUUUAUGCCUGAAAGCAGCUACUCUCAUUCAAGGAGAAAGCGUUCACAAUGAAGUGAACAACCUCAUCUCUCUGUUUUCUUUUAACUAUGAUAUACAUAACAUCCUUCUGGAUUUGUAUCAACACGUCAAAACUCAAGAAAGUUCAGCUGUUAUUCAAAAACUGAAGCCAUUUUUCCAGUCAGUUCCUGCAGUCUGGACCAUAGACCUCUCAGAGAGAAAGAGCUCCAUCCUGCUGGAAGUGCUGAGACUCCAACCAGAGAAGAAACAAGUGGAGCUGAGAGGCUGCUCAGAGGAAGAGAGUGAAGUGAGGACUUUGCUGCAGUGUCUGCCUUAUAUCUCACAGAUCAGUUUUGUGCCUCAGUUAUCAGAACCUUCAGGUGAACUCCAGUUCUUUGGGACUCUGUUCUGUGCAGCAGCAGAGACAGAGCAGCAGACAGGAGAGAAGACACUGCAGCUGUUGUUAUCAGUGUGCACCUAUCAAACAACAGCUUUAACCGACAUAGUUUCUUAUUAUUUUAAGAGGAACCCUCAGUGUGAUUUCCUGCUGGAUCUAUACUCCCACCUGAAGGACUAUGAGACUGAAACAGGCCUGAGUGUCCUUCCAUCAUUACAGUCUGUUCUCCAGUCAGCUCCUGCAGUCUGGACCAUAUACCUCUCAGAGAGAAAGAGCUCCAUCCUGCUGGAAGUGCUGAGACUCCAACCAGAGAAGAAACAAGUGGAGCUGAGAGGCUGCUCAGAGGAAGAGAGUGAAGUGAGGACUUUGCUGCAGUGUCUGCCUCAUAUCUCACAGCUCAGUUACUCUCUGAGGUUUGGAGACUCAGAUGAAGUCCAGUUCUUUGGGACUCUGUUCUGUGCAGCAGCAGAGAGAGAGCAGCACACAGGAGAGAAGACACUGGAGCUGUUAUCAUCAGUGUGCACAUAUCCAACAUUCCCUCUUCCUCACAAAUCUCAUCCUGGUGCUGUAGAAAAGUAUCAGGGUGAUUUCCUGCUGGAUCUGUACUCCCACCUGAAGGACUAUGAGACUGAAACAGGCCUGAGUGUCCUUCCAUCAUUACAGUCUGUUCUCCAGUCAGCUCCUGCAGUCUGGACCAUAUACCUCUCACAGAGAAAGAGCUCCAUCCUGCUGGAAGUGCUGAGACUCCAACCAGAGAAGAAACAAGUGAAGCUGAGAGGCUGCUCAUACGGAGAGAGUGAAGGAGGGGGAGCGUACCUGUUGAACUACUUCCUGUACGUCCUGUGGGCUCUGCUGUUUUCCUUCCUGGCCGUGUCUCUGGUGCGAGUGUUCGCUCCGUACGCCUGCGGCUCAGGAAUCCCCGAGAUCAAGACGAUCCUCAGCGGCUUCAUCAUCCGGGGCUACCUGGGGAAAUGGACCCUGCUGAUCAAGACGGUGACCCUGGUUCUGGCGGUGUCGUCGGGCCUCAGUCUGGGGAAGGAGGGCCCUCUGGUCCACGUGGCCUGCUGCUGUGGAAACCUCUUCUGCAGCCUCUUCUCCAAGUACAGCAAGAACGAGGGCAAGCGCCGAGAGGUGUUGUCAGCAGCAGCAGCAGCCGGAGUGUCGGUGGCCUUCGGAGCGCCCAUCGGAGGAGUCCUGUUCAGCCUGGAAGAGGUCAGUUACUACUUCCCUCUGAAGACGCUGUGGCGCUCGUUCUUCGCCGCCCUGGUGGCCGCCUUCACGCUGCGCUCCAUCAACCCGUUUGGCAACAGCCGCCUGGUGCUCUUCUACGUGGAGUACCACACGCCGUGGUACAUGGCCGAGCUGGUGCCCUUCAUCCUGCUGGGGGUGUUCGGGGGUCUCUGGGGGACGCUGUUCAUCCGCGCCAACAUCGCCUGGUGCCGCCGCAGGAAGACCACGCAGCUGGGGAAGUACCCGGUGCUGGAGGUGAUCGCUGUGACGGGGAUCACGGCUCUGCUGGCGUUCCCCAACCCGUACACCCGGCGCAGCACCAGCGAACUGAUCUCAGAGCUGUUCAACGACUGCAGAGCGCUGGAGUCCUCGCAGCUCUGCGACUACAUCAACAACCCCAACAUGAGCCGGCCCGUGGACGACAUCCCCGACCGGCCGGCGGGCCCCGGGGUCUACACCGCGCUGUGGCAGCUCGCCCUCGCACUCGUCUUCAAGAUCGUCAUCACCAUCUUCACCUUCGGCAUGAAGAUCCCCUCGGGUCUGUUCAUUCCCAGCAUGGCGGUCGGCGCGAUAGCAGGACGGAUCGUGGGGAUCGCCGUGGAGCAGAUGGCGUAUCACCACCACGACUGGAUCAUCUUCAAGAACUGGUGCCGGCCCGGAGCGGACUGCGUCACCCCGGGGCUCUACGCCAUGGUGGGGGCCGCCGCCUGCCUGGGGGGGGUCACCAGGAUGACGGUCUCCCUGGUGGUCAUCAUGUUCGAGCUCACCGGGGGUCUGGAGUACAUCGUGCCCCUCAUGGCCGCCGCCGUCACCAGCAAAUGGGUGGCGGACGCCUUCGGGAAGGAGGGCAUCUACGAGUCUCACAUCCAGCUGAACGGAUACCCGUACCUGGACGUGAGGGACGAGUUCACCCACCGCACGCUGGCCACGGACGUGAUGCGGCCGCGCAGGAACGACCCCCCCCUGGCCGUGCUCACGCAGGACAGCACCACCGUGGAGGACGUGGAGACGCUCAUCAAAGACACCGACUACAACGGCUUCCCUGUGGUGGUGUCCCGCGAAUCAGAGAGGCUCAUCGGCUUCGUGCAGCGCCGAGACCUCACCCUCGCCAUCAAAAACGCCCGUCAGAAGCAGGACGGCGUGGUGAGCAGCUCCGUGGUUUACUUCACUGAAGACGCUCCCCAGCUGCCGCUCAGCAACCCUCAGCCUCUGAAGCUGCGGCGCGUCCUGAACCUCAGCCCCUUCACCGUCACCGACCACACGCCCAUGGAGACCGUGGUGGACAUCUUCCGCAAGCUGGGCCUCCGCCAGUGUCUCGUCACCCGGAGCGGGCGUCUCCUGGGCAUCAUCACCAAGAAGGACGUCCUGCGCCACAUGGCCCAGAUGAUGAACCAGGACCCAGAGUCCAUCAUGUUCAAUUAGCAGCUGCCCUCCUCCCCCUGACGGUGUCCAUAGGUGAAGCCGUGCGACGCUACUGUAUCUCCAACCUGUGAAGAGUCCCUCCUGACAGGCAAGUCCCAAACCCAGAAACACCUCUCCCAGCUUCACCCCGAGAGGACCCAGAGCUCGCUUCAUCGUGUUGCCAACAGCGCUGAGACAUGCUCAAAUGCAGAGUGCCAAGCUCCAAGAAAAGCUAUUAAUGUGUUUUUUUCUGACGUGUUCUGGUACGAAAUAACCCAAACUAAAAUGAUUAAACCUUAGAAACACACCUUGAAGGAAAGUGUACGAUGUACCAGAGGACGACUGAUAUCUCCAGAAGCAUCGAAGAAAGCCAAGGAAAAACGGGGGACAUUUUGUAGGAAUCCUCCCGUGUGUUUUGCCAUAAAAUGGUACUCUUUAAAAUAUAUAGAAAUGUGACCACGUGUGAGAAAUAACAAACUAAACCCUGAUAUUAUCUCAUGAACUACUACUGAGUUUAUUUAGAAGUGGGGGGGCUGCUGCACUUUGUGAUUAUUAUUUCUGUGCCACAUUUAUAUUAACGCUGCUCGUUUGACUCGUGUGUCCUGAAGCUGCAUCAGAAGUUAUUUAACUGUCAAAAGGUUUCCUUAUGUUUUCUUAUAACCACAUGUUCAAUAAUAGUCAGUAAUGGGAGAGGAAGGUCUGAUUGCUUGCAUCCAGAUUCCUUUUCCGUCUAGUUCCUAGUAGUUUUCACGGAUCAGACGGCAUGUCAGAAAGUAAACCAAGAAGAGAAACGUUAAAAUCAUUAAGGUUUGUUAAAAGCUGUAAUCUGAUUGGCUUAAACACCUGUACGUCACUCCUCGUGCUCUCCAGCGGUAUGAAUGCAGCUCAUCACGCAGGUUUGGAGAACCUGAACAUUCCAGCUCUUAAGAAUAUCAAGAUUGCACAUAAAAAGUAGUGCUUGCGUCCCUGCUGUGUCGUGAUGUCCGUGGUAGUGAAGCGCUCCGUGGGGCCGAGCAGAGCGUUGGUUCUUAACGCCAACAGAAUGUACUGAAAGGAAGAGCUGUUGUAUACUACAGAUUUAUUGUGAGCAUUUCUUUAUGGUAUUUGAAACAGCCCUGGUUAUUGGUUGUUUUUAACUCUACAUAUUUAUCAGACGCAUUACUGCACUUUGAAUUUGAAUUUGUAAACGAAGUGAUUGAAAAAUAAACCUUCAGACGGUGGAUCAUC